CGCGGCCCAGGGGAACGAGCGCACACGCGCCGCGCCGGAGCUCGAGGUGCGGACAAGAUCGUGUGCGUGAGCGCCGGACGCGUGGUGGAGGAGGGCACGCACGAGGAGCUGGCGGACCGACGGGUCGAAGUGGUGCUGGAUUACCUCUCCGAGGAAGGAGCCCGUGCGGACGUAUCUGUCGAGGAGGCCUCCGACGGCACCUUCGUCGCGUCGCGCAUACGGCGUGGAAGCCGCGCCGAGGCCGCUGGAUUGCGGAUUGGCUUUCAGCUGCUGGGCAAUCCCGGCUCAGGCCUUGCCAGGAGCACAUUUCACGGCACGGGGCUCUACUGCGAGUUGUUUCGGCAGCAGUUCGCAGUUGCCGCGAGGCCCGCGGCAGGCGGCGCGGGGCAGGCGGCCGGUGCCGGGGGCCCGGGGCGCGCCGCGGAGGACGCGCCCUCGCUGUCCGCGCCCGAGGGCGCGGAUCUGCGGGACCAGCUCUUGGAGCAGCUGCGGCUGGCCCAAGGGAUGCUGGCGCGCGCGCCUCCAGCCACGGCGGGCGAGCACACCGAGGCUGCCUUGCGACAGGUCCUGCAGUCUUUGGCGACUUCGCUGGCUGCAGUGGGCGUUCCGCCGGCUGCUCCGUCUGCGGCAGCGGUUUCGACCCGUUCACGCUUGUGAGCUGUGGGCGGAAAAGUGUUUGCCAAGCGGAAGGUGG